CGUAUCGUUAAAGCAUAUGAUUUAAUAUUUAUUAUUAUCAUCGAUUACAAAUUCUUGAUAUUCAUAUUUGAAAAUUAAAACAUGGCAUUCAUACCAUGUCGUAAACAUAUGAGCUAUUGGCUUUCCAGAUUCAUUGAAAAUCAUACAAUUUCUUCAUCAACAAAGUUAAUCAACGGAAACAACAGAAUUGUCUUAUUUUCUAUUGGUGAUCAUUUUUCAUCAUCAACGAAUGAUUCAAAAUCUCGAAUUGCUACAAUCAAUUCGAAACGACGGAAUGAGUUAUCUAAGGAUGUUAAGAUAACCGAAAGAAUAAAACAGACAACCAAAGAUGGCAUGAAUAUUACGGUCGUUGUGUUAGGUAUCGGAAUCUUUGGUUUUGUCAUAUAUUCAAUAUUUAAGGAGUUUUUUUCAUCCAAAUCACCGACAUCAAUAUUUGCUUGUGCGUUAAAGAAAUGUAAAAAUGAUCCGAGAAUAACUGAAUUGCUUGGUGAACCUAUCAAAGGUCAUGGUGAAAUAACGUCUCGUCGCCGUGCUCGUCAUGUUACAUCAGUGGAAUAUGAAAAAAAUGGCCAAACAUUUAUACGUGUAAGAUUUUAUCUAAAAGGAAGCCGAAAUACGGCCACUGUUGAAUGUGAAACAACAAAAAAUUCACCACGAUCACAUUUCCGUUAUUUAUUCGUGCAAACGGAUUCAUAUCCUCCCGAAAUGAUAGUCAUUGAAGAUAAUCGAUUGUUGGAUGAUCAGCUAUAAUAUUCAUUUUUUUUGGAUUGAAUUUGAUUAAUAAAAUAAAUUAGUUUAUUAGUUAUAAUGAGUUAAAACAAAUUCAACGGAUACAAUUUUUAAACAUGAA